CCAGGACCAGGACCAGGAGAUGGAGAUGGAGAUGGAGUCCAUCAGGACCAGAGCGGGAUCUUCCUCUGGUCUGCAGAAACAUAAAGGCAAAGAGAGACCCACAAGUUAUCAUUGUGAUCACUGCAAGAAAGUCUUCACCACUUCAUCAGGUCUGAGAAAACAUAAGAUGGUUCACACUAGAGAUAAACCGUUCAGUUGUGAUCAGUGUGGAGCAGCUUUUACCAGACAAGAUUGUCUAAAGAUUCACCAACGUGUUCACACUGGAGAUAAGCCGUUCACUUGUGAUCAGUGUGGAGCAGCUUUUACCCAAAAAGGUCAUCUAAAGGUUCACCAACGUAGUCACACUGGAGAAAAACCGUUCAGAUGUGAUCAGUGUGGAGCAGCUUUUACCACUUCAAGUCACCUGAAGAUUCACCAACGUAUUCACACUGGAGAUAAACUAUUCACUUGUCAUCAGUGUGGAGCAGCUUUUGCUAGACGACAUAGUCUAAUGAUUCACCAACGUAUUCACACUGGAGAUAAACCAUUCAGAUGUGAUCAGUGUGAAGCAUCUUUUAACCAACAAAGUCAUCUAAGGACUCACCAACGUAUUCACACUGGAGAUAAACCAUUCACUUGUAAUCAGUGUGGAGCAGCUUUUACCACAUCAAGUUAUCUAAGGACUCACCAACGUAUUCACAACGGAGAUAAACCGUUCAGAUGUGAACAGUGUGGAGCAGCUUUUACUGAGUCAGGAAAGCUAAAGAUUCACCAACGUAUUCACACUGGAGAUAAACCAUUCAGAUGUGAUCAGUGUGGAGCAUCUUUUACCCAACAAGGCAAUCUAAGGACUCACCAACGUAUUCACACUGGAGAUAAACCAUUCAAAUGUGAUCAGUGUGGAGCAUAUUUUAGCCAACAAAUUCAUCUAAGGACUCACCAACGUAUUCACACUGGAGAUAAACCAUUCAGAUGUGAACAGUGUGGAGCAGCUUUUACUGAGUCAGGAAAGCUAAAGAUUCACCAACGUAUUCACACUGGAGAUAAACCAUUCAGAUGUGAUCAGUGUGGAGCAUCUUUUACCCAACGAAGUCAUCUAAGGAGUCACCAACGUAUGCACACUGGAGAUAAACCGUUCAGAUGUGAUCAGUGUGAGGGAGCUUUUACCACAUCAGGUGGUCUAAUUACUCACCGACGUAUUCACACUGGAGAUAAACCGUUCAGAUGUGAUCAGUGUGAGGCAGCUUUUACCACAUCAGGUGGUCUAAUUACUCACCAACGUAUUCACACUGGAGAUAAACCGUUCAGAUGUGAACAGUGUGAGGCAGCUUUUACCACAUCAAGUCAGCUAAAGAAGCACCAAUGUACUCACACGAGUGAUAAAGUCUAAAGAUGUGAUUGGUGUGAAGUGUGGAAUCGCAAAAAACACCUCAGCACAGCAAAAAAAGCAAAAUAAUCAGACAACGUCAUACCUAAAACUUGAAAGACUAACAUAUGAUGCCCCCUGGACACCUCCUGGCAUGUCCCACCAGGAGAAGAGCCAGGACACACCGGAGGGAAUGUCUUUUGGCUGACCUGGGAACGUCUCUGGAUCCCUCCAGAAGAGCUGGAGGAAAUGUGUGGGGUGAGGGAAGUCUGGACAUCUCCCUCCUGUCGUUCCAGAUCCUGCCACCCUCAUCAGCCAGACAUCUUCUCUUUCCCCUCACUUGUGCUUCCCCGCCCAUCUGCACACCUGGUUCCCAUGAUCAUCAGUUCCCCUUUAUAUACCGGCCCAUUUCCACAUGCCAGUUGCCAGAUUGUCUAGCGUUCAUGCCUAGCUUUCCAGCAUUCCUGAUGCUGUCUGUUUCUGCCUGCCUGCCUGUGACUUUGCCUGAUUCCCGGUUUUUGGAUUUUUGCCUGCCCCUUUGGAUUUGUCUGCCUGAUCUGCCUGUCUGCCCGGUUUUUGACUCCUGCCUUCCUUUGACCCGAUUAAAGCCUCUUGGACUCUGAUACUCCGUUUGAUGUUGUUCAUUUGGGUUUUCUGUCUUUUGAGCCGUAACAGUACAAUCUGGCCAAAAGUAUGAACCCAGCCAGCAUGGACCCACCAGGAAAGAACGUGGAUCUGUGGGCGCUCUUUUACGGUGACCAAGUGGCGUCCUACCACCGUAUGUUGAAGGCUCCACCUGCCCCGGCUCUGCUCCAGCUGCGCCCACUUGCGCCGACUCUGCGCCCACUUGCGGCCACCUGCGCCGGCUCUGCUCCACCUGCACCCGCUCUGCUCCACCUGCGCCGGCUCUGCUCCACCUGCACCCGCUCUGCUCCACCUGCGCCGGCUCUGCUCCACCUGCGCCGGCUCUGCGCCCACUUGCGCCGACUCUGCGCCCACUUGCGGCCACCUGCGCCGGCUCUGCUCCACCUGCACCCGCUCUGCUCCACCUGCGCCGGCUCUGCUCCACCUGCGACGACUCUGCGCCCACUUGCGCCAACUCUGCGCCGACUCUGCGCCCACUUGCGGCCACCUGCGCCGGCUCUGCUCCACCUGCUCCGGCUCUGCUCCACCUGCGCCGACUCUGCUCCACCUGCUCCGGCUCUGCGCCGAGUCUGCGCCACCCCGGCGGUGUUGCCGCGUUCUAUGUGAAAGUAGCUUAAGACUUCCAGACCACCUUCUGCUUUGCAGCUAGAAAGUACACCUUUUUUUUUUUUUUUUUUUCCACUUUAGUUUUUAUUUCAAAUUUUUCCUUUGCAAAGGUGGGACAACUCAAUCAAAAUAGUACUAAAACAAGUACAGAACACAUUUAAAAAAAUAAAAAAUAAAACAUCAACAUUUGGGUGUCACUUUCCAAGCAAUCUGUCCAUAUUCCAUCUUCUUUUCCACAAUCAAGUUUUUUUGUUUUGUCGUUGUACAGUCAUAAAUAUUGUCCAUCUCGUCCAUUUCUCUUUGAACUGGGCUUCCUGCAGCCUUAAGCGAUGUAUCAUUUUUUCGUUUGUGUAGAUUUCCUCGACCAGGUGAAUCCAUUGUUCUUGAGUAGGGGUGUCUUCCCUUCCCCAUUUCUUCGUGAUAGCUUUCUUAGCUGCUGUUAGUAAUAUUUUUACCAGGUAUCUGUCCUUCGUUCUUAUAUUUUCUUCACUUAGGUUACACAAAUACAAUACUGUACAAGAUAAUGGAAUCUCAUAUCCAAGUAUUUUCAUCAAUGUAUCGUGUAACGUUUUCCAGAACCAUCUGAUUCUAUCACAUUUCCAGAAAAUGUGUGAGUGAUCCACAUUCAUUGUUCCACAGCAUCUCCAACAAGGCAUAUUUUUGUUCAACUGUUUACUCUUGACUUUGGGUGAAAUAAAAAAACGUACCAGAAUUUUCCAGGAGAACUCCCUCCAGAUCCGCGAAUUGGUGGAUGUGUGGUGUAUUUUCCACAUGUUUAGCCACUCUUCAUCCGUGAUUUUUAUCUUAAAUUCAGAUUCCCAUUUUUCUUUUAUGUCUUUAGUUGAGUGUUUAUUUGAUAUUCAUUUUUUAU